ACUUGAGCAGUUCCCAAAUGCUGACAGAAACUUCAAUUUGUUUAAUUUCAUUGAUAGCCAUUUGGGAAAAUACCUGCACUAGAAGAUGGGGAUGUCAAGCUGUUUGGGCAAUCACAAGCAUCUAACAAGAAAAUACAAGGACACUGUCAUUGACUUGCUGGGGUCUGAUGACUUCAUAGAAUCCACCAUUGUUGAUACAUGGAUGGAAGUUGAGGCACACCAUUGCAAUGAACCAAUGUCGAAGAUAUUCCGAGAAAUGCUUGUCAAUCCAAUAAAUGGGAUGCCCUCAGACGAUAAGAUCAUUGAAGCUGAAGUAGAGAAGCUAGGGAAGGUUCUUGAUGUCUACGAGGAAAGGUUGUCCAAAUUUAAGUAUCUUGCUGGAGAUUACUACACCCUGGCUGAUCUUCACCACAUUCCUUACCUUGUCUACCUCAUGAGAUCUCGAAGACCAUCUCGCGUGACCUCCCCGUCCCUAUGUGAAUUCAUGGUGGACGAUUUUUCCACGAGGUCUGCAACAGUUAAAGUUGCAGAAAACAUGACGUUAUAGACUGUUUUUCAAGGAGGAAUAAGCUCCGCUUAGGAAAAAAAAAAAAUAGAGGAAAAUAAAAGAAAGAGAAGGCUCUGCUAUUAUACAUGUACCAAGUAACCUUACGUGUAGGUGUAGUCUUUGUUGGUUUUAUACUUUCCUCGGCUUUGGCUAAGAUCAAGUAAAUCUUUGUUGGUUUU